GUUAAAAACCUCGAAACCACGUGACAUUUUAAGUGUUGAACAACAGCAGCAACGAAAUAUGGCCAACAAAAAACCACCAGUUAUUAGUAAUGAAGAAGCCAAAGGAAAUGAGCAAAGUUUUGUUGAACUCGUUCAAAACGAUCUUGAAGUAGUACUCGAACGAAUAAAAUCACCAGAUAUUGAUAUGCAACGGAACGGAACAUCAACCACUGUAACUGUCAAUGUGGAAGAAGAUAAGCCACUUGCAGAUGAUAUUUCGUUAUUUGAUGAACUUGAAAACCACUCAUUAAAGAAUAGAUCAAUUGAUCUGGAAAAAAUGUGUCCAAACCCAGAGGACAACCGAAAGCUGAUUGGACAGUUACCACAAGCAGUACUUUUAAUAACAAACUUGAAAGAAGUCGAAGUACUGAAACAUUAUCCACAUUUAGGACCUGGCGGACAUUGGAAACCGGAAGAUUGCAUUACUGAACAUAAAAUAGCUGUGAUAAUUCCAUUUCGAGACCGUCAAACACAUUUGACACGUCUUAUUGAUUUUCUUAUUCCAGUCUUUAGAAGACAACGAUUGGAUUUCCGAUUCAUUGUAACAGAACAGUAUGGUAAUGAUCUAUUUAACAAAGGACGAAUAAUGAACGCAGCAUUUCGCUUGGCCGAACGUCUCGAUGUCAGCUGUGUUAUAUUUCAUGAUGUUGAUAUGUUCCCACAGGACGAUCGUAAUUUUUACGGUUGUCCAUCAACACCACGCCACAUUGGUGCUUUUGUUAGCAAUCUUGGAUAUCAAUUAUGGUAUAAAGAAAUAGUUGGCGGCGUUCUAGCAAUUAGCAUGCAUGAUUACCGAACAGUAAAUGGUUAUUCGAAUAUGUAUUGGGGUUGGGGUGGUGAGGACGAUGAUAUGGGGAAACGAAUAAUGGCUCAAAACAUGACCAUUGAAAGGCCUGAUGCUACAACAGGUCGAUUUACUAUGCUCAAACAUGUGAAAAGGAAACGAGUUGCACCAAAAUUAGUAUAUAAAUUGUUAGGUGAAGCUGAAACACGCUAUCGGACUGAUGGUCUAAAUGUAUCUGCGUGGAAAAUAUUAAAGGUUACGCUGCGGCCGUUAUAUUAUCAUAUAUAUGUUGAUGUUGGCAAGCCGCCAUCAGAUUGGGUAUGA